AUGUCUUUCGCUGACAAAUAACGUCAUUUUUUGAUUCCGCGGUUUUUUAAAAUUUAAAAGACUUAAAGUUCGAAUAUAAGCGAAUUAGUCAGAUUCCAUUUAUUUUCUUUACUAUUCGUUCUCUUUUACACAAAUACAAUACAAUGAGCCUUACUUACGUUGUCACUGGUGCUUCUCGCGGCAUUGGCCUUGAAUUCAUCAAACAAUUGUCUUCCAAGGGCCACACCGUGGUCGCUUGUGCUCGCGCUCCCGAGAAAUCCGAAGGUCUUAAGCAACUCGUCGACAACAAAAAGGUUUAUGCUGUUACUUUGGAUACCGUCAACGAAGCCUCCGUCAAGUCGGCUGUGGAAAAGAUUACCGAGAUUGCCGGUAAUGGCGUGGACGUGCUUAUUAAUAACGCUGGUAUUAGCGGUGACAGAAAGUACUCUUCCAAGGACAGCCCUGCUUCGGAAUACAUGUCCGUUUUCGAGACCAAUGUGGUAGGCACUUCCAAUAUCACUCAGGCCAUGCUUCCUCUUCUGAAGAAGAGCCAGACUCGUCAUAUCAUCAACAUCUCUUCCAACAUGGGCUCGCAUGCCAACACCACCUCGGGCAACUUGGCCGCUUACCGUGUUUCCAAAGCCGCCGAAAACAUGUUGACCAACGUCUUGGCAAGUGACCUCAAGGACGACAAGUUCGUUGUCGUCUCCGUUCACCCCGGCUGGGUUCAAACCGACAUGGGUGGUUCCAAUGCUCACGUUACACCUCAGCAAUCUGUCCAAGGCAUCUUGGCCAAGGCCGAUACUUUGGAAGUCAAGGACAACGGCAUCUUCUUUGACUAUGAAGGCAAACCCAUGGAUUGGUAAAAGCCCGAAUGUCACUUGGUCACACACUAGUCACUCAAAACAAAAUAAUAACGAAUAACGAAAAAAAAAAAAGAAAAGCGACU